UCUAGUUCCUACAGCUACCAUAGUUCCUACCUCCGCAGGUGCAGUUCCUGCCUACAAUCAAUUAGGUAACAAAUCCAAACAACUAGCACCAAACAAAGUACAACACCCAAGUGCCAAUCUUGGAAACUACAGUCGAGUAGACUAGAAAGGUAAGGUACCUAGGUAGUCAAUACCUUCCAGUUUAAUAUUGAGAGGCCGAGAAAAGUAGGUGUUGCCUCUUCUUCUACUUUAUCCCCAUCUCCAUCAUCAUUUCCACCACCGACAACAACCAACAACAUCAUCGUCAUCUCACGUUUCUUUCCUCCUAUUUUAUUCUAUCCUGCUCUCUUUCUUGAAGGAUACUGGCAAGUCAUCGUCAACAACUCUUCUUGUCUAUCGGUCAGUCACCAUGGAGACGCACUUGUCUCAGCAACCAGAUCAACCCAGCUCAUCGCAGCGACAAUACACCACUGUUGGUUCGGUCUGGAACCCACAAUCAAUGCCGCUACAGCCUCCCGCACGGCGCGGUCGAGCUCUUCGAUCUGCUAUGCCUAUGUCUAUGCUCGAGCCUUACCCGGACGACUCCUUCAAUACCUUUGGCACUGCACAACCGUAUUCUCACUCGCAAUAUUAUUCACCUUUGCAGCAGAAUUUCGAUCGCGCUGUCAGUCCCGUCCAGGCUACUCGUAUACUAACUCACGAUAAUCCUAUGCACACUGAUCAUCCCCACUAUCUCGACAAUCUUGUUUCCCCCGGUAGCUCUGCUCCCAAGCGAAUCUCCGAGUUCAAGAGGCAGUAUCCCUCUACUCCUUCUGUCGACAUGCCUCAGAAGAUUGUUCCAGCUAUUCCGCUCCUACCCGGCACCGCACCUGUUAACCCCCACAAACAGGGCGAAGCAAACAACCACUAUGGCAACGAGGGCAACAAUUACGAGCAGGACGAUGUAGAGGAAGAAGAGGAUAUGAAUGUAACCCUCAAUAAUAUGUCAACCAAGACACUGACUAACUUGGCAUCCUACUCUAACCCUAUGCAGAAAGCUGCACAGAAAGUUCUCACCAAAGCUAGGCAGGCUCCUCCGGUGCCGCAUCAUCAAGUCUCGGAUUCCAUCUCGCAGAACGGCAGCGGUUUGAAUUUUCCACCCGGUUUCGGCCCUAGAAAUACCCGAUCUGACCCAGUUGGCGUCGAGAGUCUACUUCAGUCCGAUAGAUUCGACGGGCGUAACCAUAAUCAGCACCCCACUCCUCUUCAUCUGGGCGUUACGACAAAUACUGCCCGAGAGCACGAUUCUUACCCGGCCGUCUUAUCCAAGGGACCAGGCGCUCCGCAGCCCCUAACUGCGGGCCCUCCUGGACAACGUCACUUCCAGCCCUCGGCCUUCGACGGAGCCCCGAGUUCGCUGCGGAAAGGGUUUGAGAAGCCUCACGAAUUCGACACCUUCGGUGACGGUCUUCCUCGCCAUCAGCCUUUCUCAUGCUUCCAGUCCCAGCAACCUAUGCAGCCCACACCUCGACAGCCCACCCCUUCAUACAAGAGUGAGACUUUCUCCUGUAUCCACCCCCCUGCACUAUUUCUGAGCAAAGAGAGCAACCCUAGCAUCAGGAUGGUUGACACGCUCACGUAUGAGAAAGCCAAGACGUUCUUUCCGAAGGGGCUUCCCCCGGACUUCAACUUUCACACCCAGCCAGUGACCGACGAUUGGGCAGAGAAACAUAUGAAGGAGGAAGAAGAUAAGGAGAAGCGUAAGAAGAACAAACUAUUAUGGCAGCAGACGCCCGAAUUCCAAGCGGCCCACAAGGAUAAGCUCGAUCGAGACUUCUACAAUGGGAACUACAUGAUCAACAAGAACUUGAGAGUAGCGAUCCAUGAGAAGUACACCCGUGAUAUAACACGUUCCCUUGGUUCUAAGUCCCAGGAAUACCAAGAUUCCCUGAAGCUUAAGCCCGAGAAUAAGGUUGAGGGCCGUUAUAUAUCGGUUGAGGAUGCUAACUCGAUCCCCACGCAUGAGCACGCUGAGCCGCUCCUAAGCGUGUUGUACCAGUCUCUAGAAAGAAACCAGGGGCUCUACUCGCAGCAGAAACCCCCCAACAAUAGUGGACUGCGCUAGAUCUCUCCCAAGGAGCAUUCACAACCGCUGAAGAUGAUUGGAGUAUCUAUAGAUAUCCAAGUCGUAGACUUGGCAACUACGUGAAUAAGAGAUGCAGGUGGAAUCGUUAUUACAAGGACUGGACCAUACAAUUUAAGCAGUUGAAGGGAUAUGCAUGAGGCAAAGUCUGGAAAAGAAGAAGAGAUUGCGGAAGAAAAGAGUGCAAAAGGCACUUUAUUGAUGAUGAUGCAGAUCAAUUAGGGGGUUUUCGAGGAUAAUCAUCAGCUUGUAUUCUUCAAGGAUCUCGGAAGCAUACGAACACCGCAUCGCGGCGGAGUUUUGGAUUAGAAGGUCGCGCUCGCGCGUGUGCAUCACGUCUACAGGACAGUAAUGGGCGUUGGCCGGUUGUAUCAGGAUGGAAUCUUCUUCUCUAAUGGAGCGAGGGCACUGAGCUUUGUAUGUACGAAAUUGCUUUGGCAUUCGUUGAUCAAUGAUUUCAUAUCCUUUGUGGUUUAUCUCCUAACUUAGCCGCGACUUCUGACCCAUGGAGAUCGUGUAUCUUACGUAGGG